UUAUUCACUCAUUCUAUUUUGCAGCAGCUUCACUCUCUCUCUUUCUCUCUGUGUCUUUGUUUUUGCUUUUCUCUCCGCCUCCUUAGCCUCUGCUUCUGGGCGACUUUCCCUUUCUCCGCCGCUUUUACCUCCCUCUCCCUCUCAAUAUUCAUAUUCAAAAACAAAAACAAAAAAAUCCCCCUAAACCUAAACAUCAGCUCUUUUCUCUCCCUCUCUUCAACACCAUCUUUAUAUGCAUGUUCCAUGCCUUUUGUUUUCCGGCGAUCAAAUCGACCUCCUCUCAAGAACCCAACAUUUUAAUUGCAUGACCUUUUCAUUCUCCUUAACCUGAAAAAAAUAAUACAACAAUUAACCCUUCUUCAUCUUCAAAAGUCGUCUGAAAGUUAAGGGGAAACUCCAAGAAACCAAAAAAAGGUUUGACUUGCUUGUUUACUACAAGAGAAGAAGAUAUAACAUGGCAUCAUCAUCGAAUUCACCAUGCGCGGCUUGUAAAUUUUUGCGGCGAAAGUGUCAACCGGAGUGUGUAUUCGCGCCGUAUUUUCCACCGGACCAGCCUCAGAAAUUCGCAAACGUUCACAAAGUUUUCGGGGCGAGUAACGUGACCAAGCUUCUCAACGAGUUGCAGCCUUCGCAGCGCGAAGACGCAGUCAAUUCCCUCGCUUAUGAGGCCGACAUGCGUCUUCGCGACCCCGUCUACGGCUGCGUCGGAGUUAUUUCCUUCUUGCAGCACCGUCUCCGCCAGCUGCAGACGGAUCUCAGCUGCGCCAAGUCGGAACUAUCCAAAUAUCAAAGCCUAGGCAUCACUGGCCAUGCUGGACUCAUCGCCGCCGCGGCUGCAGCUGCCACCAACACCCACCACCAGCACCAUCCUAACAUAGGAAUCAAUCUGAUUGGCAGCGGAGUCGGAGGAGUUGGAGGAGUUGCUGCUGGACGUGAGCAUCACUUUCAUCACCACCAGUUCUUCCCUAGAGAGCAUCAGCAACAGAUGAUAAGGAGCUUCGAUGCCAGCAGCAAUUAUGACGCCAGCCUCCUUGCCAUGAAUGUAUCCGCCAGUAUCGGCCAGCUCAGCCCGUUCCAGCAACCCCGGGCUGCCGCCGGUGACGACCGCCGCACUAUUGAUCCAUCUUAGGGUUAGGGUUUUUCUGUUCCCUUUCUCCCAUAAUUAUCAUAAUAGGAACAUCUUAUUAUUAUUAUUGUUAUUAUUAUUAUGAAUGUUCAUCAUUUUGUCUUA